AACACCUCUAACGUGCUCUUGUCAUGGGCUAGACCCAAAUGAGGCCCGCUCAUUACCCAGUCAGACCCAAUAAAAUUUGGUUCCCGCUCCCCAUCUUCGUCGGCCGGUCCGUUUCCCCACAAAGUCAGCGGAAAGAGGAAAAAAGGAAAGAAACAAGAAACCCCACCGGCGCCGCCGCCCCCGCCCGUAACCGCUCCCCGUCCCCUGCCUCCUCCUCCCACCGGAGCAAGCCUGCCACGUCCAGCGGAGGGAGCCCUCCCUCGUCGGCGUUCCCCUCCUCCUCCACGCCUCCACCGGACUCGGGAGGAUUCCCCUCGCUGUGUAUGCAAUGGGGAGGAGUUUAAGAGCGGGACGCCAUGCAGAACUGGAAGACUCUGUGGCAGAUCCUGUCAGCGAAAAGCAAGCCUUCAGAGGGUGGAAGCAGUAUGUGAAAGAACUCAACUCGAACACACUCCCACCAUUUCUCACCCGCCUUUGUGACCCUGACAAGCCAUGCUCAUACUCUGAGGAGGAGCUCUUAUGCGUGUUUGAGACUGCUGCGGAACUCCAUGGCUCCAACAUUGUGCCACAUAUCAGCCAGAUCGUUUCAGCCAUCAUUAGAAUCAUGUCUUCAGCCACAGGGUCCUUGCAUAGUGUUGGUUGCUCCAAGGUGAUACGCACAUUAUCACGCUAUGUCAUUGAUCCCCUGGGAACAGAAGAAGAGAAAAGUGGGAUCAUUAGCUCUCUCUGCAGUCCCUUUUCUGGUUGCUUGAUGAGCACUAAGGAGAGUGUAUCUUCUGGUUCUGCUCUCUGCGUCACUGCACUUAUCCAGUCCAACAAUUGGCAAUUUGCAUCUCAUGAGUUAGUUAACGACAUCUGCUUAAAAGUCUCAGGGGCCUUAGAGGAGGUACGCUGCCAGACCAUUUCACACUUAGGCUUAGUGGUUGCUCUAUUAGAACAGAAUUGGUUGACACUUGAGCCUUACGGGCGGUCUUUGAUAAGAUCAGGCUUAAGUAUAUUGGACAAGAGUACUAAAGCAAGCAAUUCUCAGAUGAUCAUAUCAUCCAUUCAAAUGAUACACUCCAUCAUGAAGACUUUGGAUUUGAGCAUCAUAUCUUCUGAGAUCAGUAGCAUUAUCCAAGCUAUGGAGCAAUUGCGGGAUCAUUGCAUGCCAGAUAUCAGCACUCCAGCUUUUCAGGCAGCUGAGACUGCUAAUAAACUGUACAAGCAGGAAGAGUGUGGACAUGGCAAAAGAAUUAGUCCAUUGGCAAAAUUUCAUGAUGGAAGACAUAGGAGGAGGGGAUCAUAUUCACAUUCUGUUAUGGAUGAUGCGGAGAUAAGAGACUGCGGUUCAAAUGAAUCUCUGUACGAUGAUACACAAUCUGUUAAUCGGUUCAGAGACCAUGAUUCCCAACCUUCAGUGGGGCAAUACUCAGGUGUACCUGUAAGUGCACGGGUAAGGAGACGACUGUUGGGUAAUGGUUCUGACAGACAACAUCAAAUGUCCAGUGAUGAGUUUCCUCGCACUAUUGUAUCUGAUUAUCGUGAUGGUGUCGGUGUGAUAGCACAAUAUGGUUCUGCUGGUCUGCUAGAUAAGUCAGUGAGGAGGUAUUCAGAUGUAUCAACAAGGAUUGCUGAUCCAUGCCCUAUGUGUUUAACACCCCGAACUACUAAUCGAUGCUCUCAGAUAUCAAGGCGAGGAACUUUCUCAGAAGACGUUUGGAUGCAGUCAACCCCAAGGAAGCAGCUCCAGUUUCAUAGCUCUAGCAGUGAAUCAAAAAGAGAUACUCACAGAUUACCCGACAGCCCAUCUCUGAGACGGAUACGGCACUGUUCAGGACAAUGUACAAAUGGUGAAGUUGAGGAAAGGAGCGGCUACUGUGAUUCUGUUCAGCAUGACAGCCAGUGUCAUGCACAGAGCAAUGAUACCUCGAUAGAAGAUCUGAAGCUACCACCAACCAACAGUGAGCGUUCUGACAGUGCAGGCGAAUCUCGAAGCGAAGAAUGUCGAGCUGAGAACGAGAAGAUGACCAGAGUCAGGAAAGGGAGCAGAAACUGCUCUGGCACCCUACUUUUUCUCCUUGUCUGUGCUGUAGUGAUACUGGUCGUUGCGCUCUUGCUAGCUUGGUGGAAGGAGGAUCAGAGGGAGCUGUAUGUUGUACCCACAUAGUAGCGUCUUUCUGCCUGUAUGCAGGUUGUUCUGCGAUGUGUGUUGACUUUGGUGUAGAUUGCGAGUUAAAGUGGGGUAAAGGUUGAGAAGUUGUGUCGAUUUAGUCGAACGAUAGAUGAUAGUGAUAGUUUGCUGGAUUGUACAUUCUGAUUGUUGGCAUGAAUACCAUGAUAGUUUUGUGUUCAGUGUGAA